AUGUACGCAUAUUCGGUUCUUCAUGCCGCCAGCUCCAUCACCGGGGCUGUAUGGGCUAAAAUUGAAGCUGCCGGGCGACACAAGCUGGUGGUAGCCAAGACAAGGAGCCUGGAAGUUUACAGUGUCGAUGACGAGCUCACAAAACUAUACGCCGUGGAAAUGGGCAGUGCCAUCUUGGGCAUCACUGCAGACGAGUCCCGGGUACCGAGCCAGGUCAUUACGCUGCUGGAGGACGGAUCUGUCUACUCAUGGCAGUGGAAAUACGUCGGUGAUAAGCUCACCCAUACGGGCACGUGUAUGGUUAAGGCGUUUCAAAAGUACGAGGGCCAGAGCAUGGUCACUAGAGGCAACACAACAGUGGUAUCUGCUACCAAUGGCGGACCACAGUUAUGGAUCACACCCAAGGGCAACAGCGCUAUCAAGGUGUCAUUGGGAUACGGAGGAGUUGGUCUGUCUGUGAGCAAUGCCUUUGUGGCUGACGGUACCUUGGCUGUGCUGUACAGAGACUCUCUUAAUAAUGUCGGUAUGGCCUAUGUCAACGAGAAAAGCAAGGGCACCACCGAGAUUGGCUGCGCUUCCGGCUCCGAUUUUUCCAUCAGUGAUAGCGCGUCUCUAUUAGUAUCCGUGACUCUUCCCUGCAAUGGCGUUCUAGUCGUUUCCGAUGUUAGUGUGCUGUAUUACCCUCCAUUUUCCAAAAAGGUGUCGGGUACUUACAAGAUCCCUGAUGACCAGCUACUACGAGCAGAUUUCCCCAAAAAUCUCAUUAUAUCCGCCGCAUCCAAGAUGCAAGAUGGUGUGGUUGUUCUCUCCUCUGAUGUUGGGGAUGUACUCGUCAUCACUCUGUCCAGUGAUGGCUCUUCCCUAGACGUUGCAUUGGUCGAGAAACCCGCAGAAUCAGCUCUUCAGUUUCCUCCUACCUCUCUGGUUCGCAUGGACGAUGGACUGUUCUUUGCUGCAUCGCAUCAUGACAACUCUGUCGUCUUCAAGUUGAACAAUGUCGACAAGUCUACCAGUGGAAACAAGAGACGCAAGGUCUGGAGCUACUCGGAACUAAACAUUGUUUCAAAUAUUGCACCUAUCAAUGAUAUCACAUUGACAUCCGGUCCACUCCAACAGCUCAUUGUUUAUGCGGCAUGUGGAGGAUACACAUCUGGCAGUGUUUCCAAGUUGUACCAUUGCCUGGACCCCAUUGUCGAAGAAGAGAUUCCUCUAGGUGAUGGUGCUGACCAGGUAUGGUGGUUCGACAAUGACCUAGCUCUGUUCGUCAAGUACAUGACUCACUGUGCAGUGCUGCGAUUGGAGAAUGGUUCUCUCGUUGAGUUAGAUAACGAAGCUGUCAUGAACGAGUACGGCUUUGUACUGGAGGAAUCUCUGUGGCUGGGCCAAUUUGAUGGAAGAGACGUCCAAGUCACUUCUUCGGGAAUCAGAGCCAAGGGCAUUUGCCUGGAGAUUCCCGUUACGUCUGCUUCUUUCUCCGACGGUACACUCAUGGUGGCUUCGGAAAAGGAGCUGUACAGUCUAAAAACAUUAACUGAACUGACGGAACCUAUCUCCUUGACCUCUUCUCCCUGGUGCUAUGCCAAGAACGGCGACAAGGUGUACGUGUCGUAUCUCAAUGGUGGCACCUUUGAACUAAUGAGCAAUCAGGAGGUUUCUUCAGACCCCGCCUCUUCUAUGGUUGUGAUGGAUGGAUACAGUAUUUUUGGGUACCCUGAUGGACAAGUGCGAGUUCUAGAGGCAGAUUUCGUUCGCAGACUGGGUAUUGCACCAGUCAAGCUGCUUCCUCUUUGGGAUGGACGGAUCGUGGCCUACAGUUCUGAUGGACUGGGAAUCGUUGAUAUUACCUCCAUUGACGACUCAUGCAUGGUCCCGUUCAUUGAAGGAACUAUUCCCAUCAAUGUGUCUGCUUUGAACUCCAGAAAGCGCAUUUCCUACAUUGUCUCUGGAGACAUGUAUGUUGCAGAGUUACCGGAACCGUCUUUGGGUAUUGUCAGUGAGCAAUUCAACGCUCUAGUUAGACGAAUCUGUCUAGUCGACGAUAAGGUGGUUGUUGCGAUGGCUGAGCGUGACAUCGAUGAUAGUGGAGCAGAAUCCGUGUCUUAUCGUGUGGCUCUGUUAUCCCAUGAACUCAGAGUCCUGGACAUGUUUGACUUGAACCCCUACGAGUCUCUCGAGUCGCUUAUCUCAUAUGGACCCAAGGUCUACGUUGGGACAGGUAUUGACGACAAGGACAGUCCCACAGAGGGUCGAGUGAUUGUAUUCUCUAUCGCAAAUGAUAAGCUGAAGGUGGAGUUUGAGAAGCAGGUUCCUGGAUGUGCCUAUUCUUUAAGUGUGCUUCGAAGAGAUCAUUCCAAGGGUAAGGGAAAGCCCCACAUCGUUGUCGGAUGCAAUGCGGUGCUCGAUGACUGUAACCUAGACGAUCUCAAGCUGUUGAAUCAGACUAAGACGCCUACUAUUGCUCUCAAGUCCUCUUCUUUCGGUGAUGACAUUGUGGUGGGUGAUCUCAUCUACGGCUACAAUGUCUACAAGCUGGCCAACAAACUGGAGCCUCUAGAAAUCAAGUCCUCUGAGCCCAUGUUCACGUCAGCAGUGGAGCUCUUGUCUGGCCCUCGAGUUGUCUACUCUCGAUCGGACGGCACAGUUGGUAUCAAUGAUGGAGAAAAGGUGACUGAACACAAGUUCCCGGACAAGAUGAUGAAUGCAAUCAGACGAGUUCCGGGUGAUACGUUUGUUGUUAAUAGAGGAAAGGGUCUAGCUGUGUGUGCUGGAGUUGAGGGAGGUCUGUAUCUCAUUUCUGAGAUUGAAGAGGACGAUGAGAACUAUACACUAGAGAUUCAGGGGGAAACGCCUGCUGCUGGCGAGUGUGGGUUUUAUCAUAAAGUCUAG